CCGCGUUGGAUGCUCUCCGCUCAGAAUGUGACUGUUGAUGAAAUCAUGACAGCCUACAAACAAGCCUGUCAGAAGCUGAACUGCAAGCAGAUACCCAAACUACUGAAGCAGAUACAGGAAUUUAAAGAUCUGGCUCCCAGGAUAGAUUGCUUGGAUCUAAAAGGGGAAAAGCUGGAUUACAAGGCCUGUGAGGCACUGGAAGAAAUUUUCAAACGGGUCCAGUUCAAAAUUGUUGACUUGGAGCAAACAAACUUGGAUGAAGAUGGUGCCUCGGCAUUGUUUGACAUGAUCGAGUACUACGAGUCAGCAACGCACCUCAACAUCUCGUUUAACAAACACAUCGGCACCCGAGGCUGGCAAGCAGCUGCGCACAUGAUGAGAAAGGUUUGUGCUAGCUCCUGGAUGCCCGCCCGAAACCCUCCCUUGCUGGACCACUCGGCGCCGUUCGUGGCUCGCGCCCUGCGCAUCAGCAGCAGCCUGGUCGUCCUGCACCUGGAAAACGCCAGCCUCUCCGGGCGCCCACUCAUGUUGCUGGCAACGGCCCUGAAGAUGAACAUGAACCUGCGCGAGCUGUACCUGGCCGAUAACAAACUGAACGGGCUGCAGGACUCUGCUCAGCUCGGCAACCUGCUGAAAUUCAACUGCUACAUACAGAUAUUAGAUCUGCGGAACAACCAUAUCCUGGACUCAGGCUUGGCUUACAUCUGCGAAGGGUUGAAGGAGCAGCGGAAAGGGCUGGUCACUCUGGUUUUGUGGAAUAACCAGCUGACUCACACCGGCAUGGCUUAUCUGGGCAUGACGCUGCCUCACACGCAGAGCCUGGAGACCUUGAACCUCGGUCACAACCCCAUCGGGAACGAGGGUGUCCGCAACCUGAAGAAUGGGCUCAUCGGGAACCGCUCGGUCCUUCGCCUGGGCUUGGCAUCGACCAAGCUGACGUGCGAAGGUGCCGUGGCAGUGGCAGAGUUCAUCGCGGAGAGCCCGCGGCUCCUUCGCCUGGACCUGCGAGAGAACGAGAUCAAAACGGGGGGCCUCAUGGCGCUCUCCCUGGCUCUGAAGGUCAACCACUCGCUGCUCAGGCUCGACUUGGACAGGGAGCCCAAGAAAGAGUCUGUAAAGAGUUUUAUUGAAACGCAGAAGGCUCUGCUGGCGGAAAUUCAGAACGGCUGCAAGCGCAACUUCAUUCUGGCCAAAGAGAAAGAAGAAAAGGAGCAGAAACUGCAGCAGUCAGCUUCGAUGCCGGAGAUCACCGUGACGGAGCCUCUGGAGGAGGCACCUGUGGAGAACAGCCAAGACGACAGCACAGCAUCCACCCCUGAAGAGGGAGAAGAAGUCGAGGAGACCCCGGUGUCCAAGGAGAACGGGGACACGGAGCAGGCAGCGGACGACGACAGAGAUGGUGUGACCUACUCCGAUUCGGAUACGGAUGAGGAGACGGACACUGGGUUAGAGACAAAGGACUUCAGCGGAUUGCAGAAACAAAAUGACUCUGAUCACGUCGCUGGUGUGCCCCAGCCGCUGCUUUCCUCCGAAAAGGCAAGGGACAGGCCUCCCCCCUUACACGUUGCAGAGGAGUCGCAGCACGAUCCCAAAGGAGGGGGGAGCUUGGGGAAUCACGCCGGCUCUCCGACCUGUACUUCCUCCCAGGGAAACGAGAGAAGGAUUUCUGUUUCCAGUCCUGGCCGAGGCCAUAAGAUCUUUGUGGUGACGCGGGUGGAAAGCCUGCCGGAGCGAACGCCGGAGAACACUACAUGCCUGCGGGAGACCACGGAUGCCGUGCGAGGCGAUGCGGUGAAACCAACUGAGCCGCAAACCCAGCUUCCAGCCCCCAAAACCGAACUCUCGGACUCGCGGGCAAACGGGACGGUUUCCGAGUUAGCUGCCAACUUGGAAAACCCUCCGGUAGCGCAGAGCGCCGGCUCGAACCCCGAGCGGAGUAACUCUGCGCCCUGCGAGAAUGUGAUCCAUGACACUCCACUCCCCAACGGGCUGAAGACGGAUUUUGCGCGAGCACUGCCGGACGCGUCCUCGGACGGCGACGGGAAAAUUGGGAGCUGUGCCGUGGAGCACGAGCUGAACUGCUCCAAGAACGAGAAGGAACUGGAGGAACUGCUCCUAGAAGCCAGCCAGGACACGGGGCAGGAGCCACUGUGACGGCAGAUCCUCGGCGUCGUUCUGCAUCCAAGCGAGGCUCUCGGGAAAGGCCUGUGUAGCUCUAUUCUGUUCCCACUCCACGUGAUUAAGAAACAAACCUUGGUCUUCGGUACAAAGGUUAUUUUUUUCCAGAACAAUCUAUUUCCUGCCCUAAACUCUUCCCCAUGGUCUUGACUCACCUUCCCUACCAGGAAGGACUCUGAUAUUCCCAGGGCGAUGGAGGAAGGGAAGGAGACCAGAGAAAUUGACUGAAAACGGAGACUUCCCUCCCUUUAUCUGAGAUGUUUCUGCCCUUCUCUAGACACUAGUUGAUCCAUUUGCGUUUUCUUUUCUAUAUUUCUCCGGAAUUACCACUUGUUACUGCGGAAUUUGUAAGGAGAUGAUACCGCACCCCGGAGACCGGGCGAAUGCACGAGAUUGCUCUCUUCAAUCCAAAUGGGAGAUUAAAAACCAGCGCCUCCUGGUUCAGGCUCGGCUACGCUGCCACACACUACAAAGUGCCCCAGGUUUCCAAGGGAUGCUUUGAACGAGCUGCAUUUUGGGACAAAAACUCGCUAGCAGAAUGGUUGCACACGAUUGUAUUCCCUAGAGGAGAGAGGGAGGCACGGACAAGCUGUAGUCACCUGUCGAGGAACUUAUAUCACUAAGCGAGAUAUCCAGGACAGGCUGCGUUUGCAGCCACAAUGGUUAUUUAUUUUAAAAAUCCCUUUUUUUGGUAUAUAUUUAUCAUGAGCUGCAAAGUUACUGGGUGGGGAUUUGACUUAAAGGACGAUGUAGAAUUAAUUACUUUUAGUCUAACCUGCAACCUUUUCUGAACUUCCGCUCUUGGUUUGCAAAACUCUGCCCCAAAAAAGAAAAGAAAAAGAAAAAAAGCGCCCUUGAAAGAGCCUUCC